AUGUUCUGCUUCGUACUACUCCUGGCUGCACUUAUCCUGCCAACAGGUACUGAUGCAACAAACCAGACAUUUACCAGUUCUGGGGAGAUGAACAUCACCUCGUGCCCAAUCACCUAUUAUGGCCAGAAAUAUGACAAAGUUUAUAUUGAACAAGUUGAACUUGGGAACUUUGGGACACAAGCAAUUCUGGCGAUCAAGACAUAUUCUGGGUACACCAAUGUUGAUGUUGAGGCAGAUUCACAAGUCAAUGGCCUUACAGUUUUUAAACAGAAAUUCCACACUAAUGAAACAAAGAAGGGUGUCAUAACAGACGUGAGUGGAUGCAGACUCUCAGGUUUUGUUUAUAAGACAAAUACGACAGUAAAGGACCCAAACAUCUGCUCUACUGUAACCUGUGAUGUGAGUGGAGUUGCUACUGCCGUCAGUGAUUGUGGCCCCAUGGAGCUUUGCCAGGGAAAUGGAAGUUGCAUUUUGAACACCAUGUGCACUGUGACCAGCUCCACAGUCAUUGAUUUCCUUGGCAGAGUCCACUCUGUCCCGGACAGGUGUGGGUACACUCUGAUGAGGCCCUCGUCGAUCCCGGACUUUCAGGUGCUGGGGGUUUUCCAGGAAAGACGCCGUAAAGAUGUUAGUUUUUUGGACCGUGUGAUACUGCAGUUGGGCACAGAAGGUGUUCAGAUUUUCCUGGAACAAGGUGGCAGAGUUCAGCUGAAUGAUACCGUGUUGAAUCUCAACGCCACAGCUCAGGUGGUCCACGGUGUGGAGCUCUCAAAGGACCAGACAGGAGUGACUGCUAAAAUAUCAGCCUCCAACCACACAGUUUCUGUCCUCUUUGAUGGCUACACCACAUUAAUCCACAUGACAGGACCAAGUGCAGCAUCCGUGCAGGGUUUAUGUGGUAGUUACAACAGGUCUGUUAGUGAAGAGCAGGUCUCUAAAUACAGUGCCAGCGGCUGUGAGAUGCAGUAUAAUGAUACUGCUGAUGGUACAAUCAACUGCAACACUACAACUGAAUGGUGUAAUAUCCUGAAGCAGCCUCCCUUCACUGCUUGCAACAUCAACCCAGAGCCCUUCAUAACUGCCUGCACACGCACUUUGUGCAAAUACCCUACAGUGGAUGGUCUCAAGUGCCAGUUCUUGGAGGCCUACGCCAGGGCCUGCAGCCUGCAAAACAAUGUUACGGUGGAGAACUGGAGGUCAAACACCAACUGCCGUGAGGAUGCCUUCUGUCAGGACAGGUUCUGCAGUGCUCAUGAGUUCUGUGGUGAGAAGAAUUACGGUGGGGAACCUCGCUGCCUCUGUCGGGCCAUUUUUGCCUCCAAGUACAGAUCAAUGAGCACUUUUGGUGAGCCGACGGUCUGCGGGCAGACGUCUGCUUCGGUAAGUCUGGCUAAUUGUCUCUUGGAGGAACAAAGCAUCAACUACUCCGUCUUACACCUCAAUGACCAGGCCUGCAAAGGUGAAAUGGACAACCUGACCCACAUGGUGACGUUCACCUUCGACAGUAGCAGCAACACUUGCGGUGCAGUGGUCAUGGUAAACAAAACCCACAUUACCUACAAGAACACCAUCAUGACACAGAACUUCUCCACGUUUGGCUUUAUCAACCGUAACGCCAAAGUGCAUAUGGACUUCUCCUGUUGUUACAGUCAGCCUGAUGUCAGUAACUUGGCCAUCAAACUCAAACACAGCGCUGUGAUCCAGCAGAUUACUUCUGGAGAAUGGAAUUACAAUCUGACCAUGAAGGCUUACACAGACUCUGAGCGCUUGGAAGCUAUCGAGCCAGGCACCGACAUUCAAUUGGAUGAGACAAUCUGGGUGGAGCUGAAGACAGACGGGCUGGAUGAAAACUUGGUCCUUUUGGUGACUGACUCUUGCUGGGCAACUGAUCAGCCUUCGCCAAAUGGAACCCUGAGAUAUAACAUCAUCAUCAAUGGCUGUCCUAACCCUGCUGACCAGACGGUGAAAGCGGAGGGCAAUGGACUGAGAACGUCCAACUACUUCGCUUUCAACUCAUUCCAGUUCUCUGGCAAGACUACUGACGUCUACCUGCACUGCAGAGUUGAGCUGUGUGUCAGGCAGGAUAACACCUGUGCACCGAGCUGCAGCCAGGCUGAAAGAAGGCGCAGAUCUGCCAUGUCAAAAUCUGAGGAUGAAAACCCUGCCUUCAUCACCAUGGUCUGGACUUCUUAG